AUGGGUCUUCCUCCCUGCGAAUCAGCUGAAUCAUCACGUCGAGUGUUUUCCGUAAGCAAUCCAUUCGGUGGUGGCCCCGUGGGAGCACCAGCGGCUGCACAGGACACAAAGAUGCAACGCCUUCUUACCACUACGCAAGCUGGCGCAGAUGCUAUGCUCGUGCUUCUCGGGGAAACAUGUUUGGAUCGACCAGACUGCCUUGACCGUCUAACCACCUUGUUCAACGGAUACUGCGAUUGUCCUCCGGUCGCCUUCGUCCUCACGGGAAACUUUUUAGGCCCCAGUGCGAACGGACGAAGUUAUCCAGAGCGCGUGUCUAGUUUGCGUCAGCUGCUAAUUCAACUGAUCAUGGUGUACAAAAACGCAUUCCCAGACAUCGACACAUUGAGCCCAUCCCGUUGCCCCCACCUGAUACUGGUACCGGGCCCAACAGAUCCUGUAUGUGCACCGUCCAGUAUCCUGCCAAGGCCAGGUUUCCCUUUUCGCUUGUUCUCCGAUAUCUUGGACGGUCGUCGAGUAGGCAACGACGCAGCUGUGAAGUGUCCUCCAUGGCUUCACUUGACCUCAAAUCCGUGUCGAUUGCGGUUGUAUACUCGCGAAAUAGUUGUGUUUCGCGCGGAGUACUCUCGUUUGCUCAUCCGUCAUUGCAUUCACUUACCUGCGUUCUCAGAACCUCUGGAUGAUGCGGUGACCUCCAUCGAUCUUCAGCAAGACAGUGAGACACAGCUUCCAGAAUCUCAGCGCUCUGGAGACGAAAACACACCCACUGAUGACAAUUCCUCCACGUCCGUACGUGCACCGAAACCAAAGACUCCGGCAGAGCGGUUGGGAGCUGGACUUGCUCGCUGUCUGGCAAGCCAGGCACACUUGCUGCCCUUGAUGGGCCACAUAGCCCCGGUGUAUUGGGCCUUUGAUCAAGCCUUGAGCCUUCAGCCGCUGCCAGACCUUGUCGUGGCCGUGGAACCUCAGUCGUUGGCUGACUUGAAUUCCACAACCGCCAAUCCAAUCCAAACAGGCAACUGUCGUUUCAUUAAUCCGGAUCAAUUCGGACGAACCGUGCUGGCCGAGAGCACCGGCCUUCGUACCGAGUACGCUUUCAAGGUGUAUUAUCCGCUGACCGGUGUUGUCGAAAACAGUCGUUUACCAGAUUAA